AUUAACCUGUUAUGACCUACAAAAAAUGUGGAAAUGGUUCUUGGGGUGGGAAUUAAAAUUUUUGUAAACAAUCAAAUUUUGUUUGUGUUUUUAAGAGCUUUAAUUGUGAAUUUAAGCGAUAAGCAAACAUAGAAACUAGAAUUUUUAGUUAAGAUUAAUUACUGUGUAGAAUUACAAGGUUGAUCGAGAGUAUCAAAUUUAUUAGCAUACAUUUUCCUUGAAGUCAUGAAUUUAAGAGAAGGGAUUGUUUUAGGAGUUUGCAAUGCAUUACUUGAUAUUUCAGCCAAUGUCGAUGAGCAAUUUCUGAAAAAAUAUAAUUUGGAACGAGAUAAUGCAAUAUUAGCUGAACCUCAGCACAUGCCAAUAUACGAUGAUCUAAUAACACAUUUUAAUCCAGAUUAUAUUGCUGGUGGCUCAGUACAAAAUUCGUUGCGUGUAGCCCAGUGGAUUUUAGAAAAACCAAAUAUUACAGUUUAUUUUGGAUGUGUAGGUGAUGAUAAGUAUGCAAAAAUUUUAGAAGAAAGAGCUAAAGCAGAUGGUGUUAAUGUACAAUAUCAACAUACAUCUGAAGCACCAACUGGAACAUGUGCUGUUUUAGUUACUAAUACACAUCGUUCACUAUGUGCAAAUUUAGCAGCAGCUAUCCAUUUUUCCAUUGAUCAUAUACAAAAACCAGAAAAUAAAAAAUUAAUUGAUAAUGCUGAGUAUUAUUAUAUAUCUGGCUUUUUUGUAGCUGUGAGUGUACCUACUAUAAUUGAAAUAGCAAAAACCGCUCUCGAACACAAUCGUUUAUUCAUAAUGAAUUUAAGUGCACCAUACAUCCCGUUAGCUUUCAAAGAUGCUUUAGAGGAAUGUUUACCUUAUGUAGACAUUAUAUUUGGAAAUGAAGGGGAAGCCGAAGCAUUUGCGCAAGCACAAAAUUGGGAUACUAAAGAUUUAAGAGAAAUCGGUAAAAAAAUGUUACAACUACCGAAAGCUAAUAAGAAGCGAUCAAGAGUUGUGAUUUUAACUCAAGGAAAAGAUCCAGUUCUUUUAAUUGAAAAAGAUAAAAUUUCCGAAUUUAAUGUCCCACUUUUAGAACAUGACAAAAUGGUUGAUACAAAUGGAGCUGGUGAUGCAUUUGUUGGUGGUUUUAUAGGGCAAUUGGUACAGGGAAAAUCAUUUGAUGUAUGUAUUCGUUGUGGAAUAUGGGCAGCACGUCAAAUUAUUCAACGCAGUGGUUGUACAUUUGAAGGAAAAGCUGAUUUUAAAGAAUAAAAUAUUUGUUAAUUAUUAGAAAAAGAAAAAUAAUGUACUUCCCAAACAAAAACAUUCAAAAAAUUUCUUAAUAUUUGAUUAAUAAUUUAUUAAAGCAAUAUUUUGGUUGUUAAUAUAACCAUCUAGAUUAAACAAAAACUAUUUUUUUUUUUAUUUAAUAUUCAAUAAUAAAAAAAAUUAUUAAUUUUAAAUUUGAAAUUUUGCUACUAACCACUUUUGUAAAAAAUAGUUGGUUUAACAAUAUUCUAAAUGGUUUUGUACUUAUUUGAAUAUCAAAAAAAAAAAAAUAUUGUUAUAUUGUAAUUUAAAUUUCACUAAACAGCUUUAAUUGUUAGAAAAUUGUAUUUUUUUAAAUAAAAAUAUAAUGGGAAUCGCGCACAUUAUAUUAUUUCAAAUCAAUAGGUUUCCAAAAAUGAUUCGGAAUUAAAAUUUUUUCUUUGUAAAAUGAUGAUUGUUAUAAUGUUAACAAAAACUGCUGUUUUUUUUGUAAAGAUGCUAAUUAGAGUAAUUAAAAAAUUAUAUAAAUUAUAUUUCCAAUUAAAAAAGUUUCUUACUAAGUACAUGUAUACAAACCU